AUGGCCAAGUCGCCUCAGCGCGUGUUGGAGGUGCAGCUUGAAAACACAGAGUCGAUCGCAUUCCGUGGCUUCUAUGUUGAAGUUGGCGCGGGACGGAUGAUGUACAGGAAGAUCCGCGACUCUGGUGAGUGGGCACCGUUUUUCUUGGGUUCCGAUGAGCAGCAGGGGCAGCAGAACCCAGGGCUAUGGACAAUCCAUGAUGACGACCUCGUGGUUAAGGCACGCUCUGCACAAGAGGCAUCGGCGCCAUGGGACGCCUGCUGGGAACUGGCGGGUUCGGGAGCACGGGGCUCCAUCGUGGUGAAGGCCUCCGAGCUGUCGCAGCUGCCAGCCGAUGCCCGGAGGGAGGCCAAGGCAUUCUUCAAGGACCCCAUACCCUUCACCCGCUUCCGGGCCAAGGACUGCCCCAAAAACUGCAAGCAGACGAGGGCCAGGGACUGGGGACUUGACAGUGUGGGAAGCCUCUAUGCGCACCUCUGCUUCUACCACUGGGGCUGCGAGCAGUACCACCGUCUCCACAGGAAGCACUGGAAAGAGAGUGUUGCAGAGGCGCUCCGCCAACGUGAGGAGACAGCAGAGAGCUUGCUUUCUCAGUUUUCUGCCUGCCUGCGAAAGCACGGCUACGAGCAGAAGGCUGUAACUACGACGGUGGACGACCACACAAGGAGGGUGCAGGACGCAGCCGCCUACCUGCAGCGCACGGUAUCCCGCGAACUGCCCAGCGAGGAUGCUGCAGAGGAGCUGAGGGGGUGGGACAAGGACAAAAGCAGAAGAGGCCAUUACUCUGUGAGCUUUAAGUGGUUCGCAAAGUGGCUCGAGGUGAACGCGAUGCAAGAGAUGCUCAGCGGCGCUGUGGAAUGGGAGGAUCUGCCGGCAAAGGAGGAGAGUGCUCCUGGGGCGACUGUGUCAGUGGCGCAGCUCAGGCGACCACCCGCCAAGCGGGGCACUGAGGCUUCCAGCUCUUCGCAGCCAUCCUCAAAGCGGGCGAAACCAGCCGCAGAUGACGACUCAGACGUGGAGCUGGUGGAGACGGCGGAGCCCGCCCGCGGCACUUCAAAAAGCCAGGCCGACCCUCUGCGCGCAAUCCUAAGCCGCAGCAUGGAAGUGCUGGCACCACGGACUUCUCAAGGCGGAGGCGCAUCCGCAGGCGGGAAGCCUGCCACCGAGGUGUCCCAGCGCCCCCCUCACAGGCUCGCCGCGCUCUACGAGGUGGUGAGGACUGGAGGCCAGAAAGCCGCAUCGGGGGUCGCUGCAACAGUGGAAGCCAAAGGUGGUGGGGUGGAACUGGCGAGCUUCGUGGCAAAUCCGAAAUACUGGGACGACGUCUGGCUGUGGGGCUAUUGUGGGGUCCGAGACCGGGAAGUAGUUCUGUCUCGCAUGACAACCCACUACACUACCUUCGCGCAUCUGCUUCUGAAGCUGCUGGCCAUAUCGCGUUCCCCCAGGAGGGCCCCUGACGACUUGCUCCCGAUUUUCGAAAAGCUUUGCUACAGCACGCCUGCGGGGGAACAGCUCACCCUCAAGCCGCUGGAAAAGCUGGCGCGGAAAGGCUUCCAGGUCGCCCGGCCGUUGGCGCACCUGGAGUCCGAGAGUGCGCCUUCGACGCUCCUCAUGGCCGUCGCCGGUGCGGAGAUCGGCCGCAUCAUGGCCAGGUGGCCCGCGACUGCUCAGGCGGUGGCGGCGUGGUGGGUGCCGUGCUCCAGGCGUCUGGUGGAGGCUAACUUGCCUCAGUGGAUGCACGGCGUGGCGCUGGCAGCUGGCUUCUGGUGCAACUACCGCCAUGCGCGGUUUGAGGACGAGUUCCGAGCUCUGGCGAGGCAGGGGCCCACCUGGCUCGCGCUCGACAAGGACUUCAACAACCUGAAGAAGCAAGCGUCGCAGGCCCUCAAGGCACUUGCCGGCGAGGCGACGGAUGCGGGCCAAGGGGAGGUCUCCCUGGAGCAACGGCUGCGGCUUGAGAGGAGCAGGCAAGCUGCUCUGGAGAAGAAGCAGCAGCGCGAGACGGCGCCUCUCCAUGCACAGAAGGAGGAGCCGCCAGCGGCGCAGGUGCCCCCAGCUGAAGCGGCCGGGCCUCGGCUCACCAUCCAGGAGGAGCCGCCAUCGGCGCAGGUGCCCCCAGCUGAAGCGGCCGGGCCGCGGCUCACCAUCCAGGAGCUGGAAGAGAAGGGCGAGCUGGGUCUGCUAACAACUCCGUUGCGUGGCAAGAUCGUCUACAGGUCCGACCACAAGACGGGGACGGGCUUCCACGUCCGCGUAGGUGAUCCCAGCGGGCUGGUGGAUGUCAAGUUUUGGGACACAGCCGCCUCCAGCCUGCGCGAGCAUCCCGCCCUCCGCAAGGGAAACGAGGUCCAGCUCAAGGGCUUUCAGGUCUGCAGCCUGAAGGGCAAAAGCCUGGACUUCGCUCCCCCGGGCCGGAGGAUCUUCCUCAACUGCACGGAUGCCUCGUCAGUGGACAUCCGGCUCGUGCAGGCGGCCCCGAUGGAGUCUGCGGCCAAGAGAGAGAUGGAGCUCUCAGAGGCCUUGGAGCAGCCCAUCGGGGCCUAUGUAACGAUCUCCAGCGCCUUCGUGUCUGAGGUGGACGAACUCACCUUCGUUCAAACGAAGGACGGCGAGAAGCCGCUGCGCAUCGUGUGGCUCUCGGCUCAGAGGCAGAGCGCGCGGCGCACUCGCUGGAGCUUGUGGGGCGAAACUGCCUUGACCUACGGCCCCAAGCAGCUCCGCGGCCAGCGCCUCUCCAUCCGCGGGGCGCUCGUCAAAAGCUUCCAGCUGCAGGUCCAGUUAGCCGGCUGCUUUCGCGAGGGCGGUAUUCAGCUGCUGCCCGACGCGGACUAG